CGCCAUGUCAGAAUUCUGGUUAAUUUCAGCACCAGGGGAUAAAGCAAACCUGAUGGCCUGGGAAAGAAUGAACACCGUGACUCACAAAGCCAACCUGUCCAACAACAGCAAGUUCAUCAUCCCUGACCUCAAGGUAGGAACCCUGGAUGCUCUUGUUGGCCUCUCAGAUGAGUUGGGGAAACUUGAUACCUUUGCUGAAAGUGUAAUAAAGAAAAUUGCUCAGUAUAUCGGAGACGUUUUAGAAGACUCAAAAGACAAAGUACAGGAAAAUUUGCUGGCGAGUGGAGUUGACCUACUUAGUUAUCUCACAAGGUUUGAGUGGGACAUGGCUAAGUAUCCCAUAAAACAGCCACUGAAGAACAUUUCAGAAGUAUUAGCAAAGCAAAUUACACAAAUAGAAACAGACUUGAAAACCCGAGCAGCUGUGUACAACAACAUCAAGGGAAACCUCCUGAAUCUGGAAAGAAAAACGGCGGGAAAUCUCUUGACGCGUACUUUAACCGACAUAGUGAACAAAGAAGACUUCGUAUUGAAUUCUGAAUAUCUCAUCACUCUGCUUGUUGUAGUUCCCAAGUCAAGUUUUGUACAGUGGCAAAAAACAUAUGAAUCACUUUCUGACAUGGUGGUUCCUCGCUCUACAAAGAUGAUUGCUGAAGAUGGAGAGGGAGGACUGUUCACUGUAACUCUGUUUCGAAAAGUGAUGGAGGACUUCAAAGCCAAAGCAAGAGAAAACAAGUUCAUAGUGCGGGAAUUUUAUUUUGAUGAGAAAGAACUGAAAUGUGAAAGGGAAGAAAUGAUGAAGUUAGCGUCCGAUAAGAAGCAACAGUAUGGUCCACUAUUGCGUUGGUUGAAGGUUAACUUCAGUGAAGCGUUUGUGGCUUGGAUUCAUAUAAAGGCUCUCAGAGUAUUCACAGAAUCUGUCCUCAGGUAUGGACUUCCAGUGAAUUUCCAAACGAUGUUACUGCAGCCCAGUAAGAAAUCUGCAAAGAGGUUGCGAGAUGUCCUUAAUGCAGUCUUCAAACAUCUGGAUGAAGUAGCAGCAGCUAGUAUAAUGGAUGCUUCGAUGGACAUUCCUGGCUUACAACUAAGCAAUCAAGAAUAUUACCCUUAUGUCUAUUUCAAGAUAGACCUCAGCCUUCUGGACUGUAGCUAG